CGUGAAUGCGUGUAGGCGUGUAUAAAAAUGUGUGUCUAUAUAUGCACUUACGUAAUGAGAAAUGCUGGUAUGAAUUAUGAUAAAAGUGAGUUUGGAGUGUAGCGAGAAAUGGCGAGGUCCCACUAAAUAGUUUCAUUUUGGCCGCCCGAUUUGUCGUCUCUCUCGUCUCCGUCUCUCUCACCGUCGUCUCUUUUGCGUUUUUGACUCUACCCUCUCUCUCUCUCCUCUCUCUACUUACUCCUCCCACAUACUUAUAACUUAUAUUUAUCUCCACCCUCUUUUCUCUGAGCCUCUACUAACUCAUAUUGCUUGAUUCACUCGUCAAUAUACAUACCCAUCAAGCUUAAAGGCCUAAAGUUGUGAUCUUUUUGAGGUUUGGUGGACUUUGAGCUCAUCAAUUUGGAGAUCUGUGGAAUUUGAUUUCUGGGUUUUAAAUUUUGAAUCUUGAAGCUUUGUAAUGGCUGGUAGUAAUGAAGUGAAUGUUAGUGAAUCCAAGAGGGUUGUUCCUCUGAAUACAUGGAUUCUGAUAUCGAAUUUCAAACUGGCGUACAACAUGCUUCGCCGUCCUGAUGGCACAUUUAAUCGUGAUUUGGCUGAGUUUCUUGAUCGGAAAGUUCCUGCCAACACAAUUCCUGUUAAUGGGGUUUACUCGUUUGAUGUUAUUGAUCGUGUCACCAACCUUCUCAAUCGUGUUUAUAGGUCAGCACCAGACAGUGAAACUCAACGGGGAAUCAUUGAUCUCGAAAAGCCCUUGAGCACCACAGAAAUUGUGCCUGUAAUAAUCUUUUUCCAUGGAGGAAGCUUCGCCCAUUCGUCCUCCAACAGUGCUAUAUACGAUACCUUCUGUCGUCGCCUUGUUGGCAUUUGCAAUGCAGUUGUUGUUUCAGUAAAUUACCGUCGAUCACCUGAACAUCGGUAUCCUUGUGCUUAUGAUGAUGGGUGGACAGCUCUAAAGUGGGUUCAUUCGAGACCAUGGCUAAAAAGUGGGAAGGACGCUAAAGUUCAUGUUUAUUUAGCUGGUGAUAGUUCCGGUGGAAAUAUUGCUCACCAUGUUGCAGUAAAGGCUGCAGAGUCCGGAGUUGAAGUCCUGGGCAAUAUACUUCUUCAUCCAUUCUUUGGUGGCGAAGAGCGAAAGGAUUCAGAGACAAGAUUGGAUGGAAGGUAUUUCAUGACACUCCGAGAUCGGGAUUGGUACUGGAGAGCAUAUUUACCCGAAGGUGAAGACAGAGACCAUCCAGCAUGUAAUAUAUUUGGCCCUAGGUCAAAGAGCAUGAAAGGACUUCAGAAUUUUCCAAAAAGUUUAGUCUGUGUGGCAGGUUUGGAUCUUGUUCAAGACUGGCAAUUGGCUUAUGUAGAAGGCCUGAAGGAAGCUGGGCAAGAAGUGGAGCUUCUAUUUCUGGAUGAGGCAACAAUUGGUUUCUACUUCUUGCCGAACAAUGACCAUUUCUAUACUCUAAUGGACAAGAUAAAGGACUUUGUUAAUCACAGCUGUCAAUAGAUUACUUAACUUCAACUACAGGCAGCCAUACAUAGCAGAAUGUUAACUUCCACUUGGGUUUUUUUCAUCCCACUAUUGCGCUAAUGGUGUGUAGCUAUAUAUUUGUGUAGUAUCUGCUUAUUACUGAUGUUGUCAUUUGCUGAUCCGGGUUCGGCACUUCUCCGAUUCAGCAUUUGGGAUCCCCAUUGUUCUCAUUACGAAGGAUGUUGCACUUGCCGCUGUCUUCUUGGUGCAAGACACAGAAGGGCGCUUCAUAAUGUUAAGUGGGUUGUAAUUCAUUUUAGUAUUUGACAAACUUUUAAUUUCAAUUUUACGCAGUCUAGCCUCCAGCAAUAAGGAGGUCAUAGUACUGCGAUGUUCAUGAUUGACGGUCAAUCAGUUUAUUAUGUUCAUGGAUAUUAUAACCAGAAGCUAAUCUCUGAAUAUGCAUCUCAAGUGCUUAUGUUAUAGUGAACUUGUACUUUAUACUUGUGCUCUAGAAAUAUAUGAAGAAUUUUGUUUGUUCA